AUGUCCUCCUCCUCGGCCGUCGCGCUGAUCCCCAAGCCGAGGGGCGGCGUCCCAAGGGGCCACGAGUGGGACGGUGUGCGCGGCGCGUACGUCCACAAAGAGACGGGAGCUGUGCACGUCAAAGGCACGCGCUCUGCUGCUUCGGCAGCGCAGCAAAAGGAGCGCAAGGAUGAACGCGACCGCAGCGACAGGCCGCAGGCGAGCGGCUCGCAGAAGCGCAACCAGGCUCAGGCCGAGGCCAGGAAAGCGGAUGCCAACCGCCGCCGCCAGGUGGUCAGCCAGCACCGCAAGGCAGUACGCGAGAAGGCGCGCCCGCGGCUUGGCGAGAGCUUCGCCUCGAUCCGCCAGCGUGAGGAGCAGCGGCUGCUCGGCAAGCGCUUUCUCUUCGAGCCCCAGCGCGUGCGCGUGUGCGAGGGAGCGCUCGCUGGGCAGUGCGGCACCGUGCUGGAUCGCGCCCAGCUGUGCUUCCAGGAGACUGCGCGCCGCGUCACGAGCCUGGAGCUCGACGCCUCGGGCCGUGUCGCGAUCACCGAGCCGCGGCACCACCACCAGAUAUUGCUCGACGGGAGCGAGGAUGAGGAGCCGGUGCUGCUCUCGCCGUACGCCGUAGAGCCGUGGCCAGGCGUCGGGCAGCUCGUGGACAUGCACCACGGCUCAAACUUGGAGAACGAGCCGGAUCGAGCCAUGAACCACUUGGGCACCGUCGUCGCCUUUCAUCCGUGGCAGCAUUGGGGCCUCGAGGGCGAGAGCUUCUACCUCGUCAAGCGGCAGACCUUCGCGCUGCCGGAGCAUGUCGAGGCGAUGGCGGGCGGCGACGUGUGCAUCGGCUCGUGGGUGCGGCUGCUGCCCCCGCAUCCAGAUGCGCAUCACACGCUGCAAGAUCGCCCCCCGGGUUCCUCCAUGGUGCGGGGCAAGCACGAGCCCGGGGAGUUUGCAGCGCGGCGCAUGCUGGAUCGCCUUCAGCUGCAGGAGCCUGCAGAGCUGACGACGACGCACGCGCACAAGCUUCUGGAGGUCUUGCCCAAUACGCUGGCCGAGGAGGCCUACUUACCGCUGCUCGACGUGCACGUGGUGCGGGACCGAUGCGCGGCGUGCAGGGACUGCUUGGUGCUCGAGACCACGUUCUUGCUUGCCUACGACACCGACUUUGAGCCGCUCGAUAGCAACGACAUGCAAAAUCCAUGCCGCUCCCACUGCCCGUCAGACCAUGCUUUCAUGUGCGAGUGCGCGCGCCAGUGCUGCUCACAUUGGGAGUGCAAGUACAGAUGCCGCGACUGUAUGGGUAGUGACAGCGACUGUGACAGCGAGUCGGGCGAGGAGAGUGCGUAG